GGAGCCAGACUAGGAGGCGGGGGGAUAGGAGAAGAAAUGAACACAUAAAAAUGUCACAAACUUUAAGCUCUGCAUGCUGAUCUUUUUCUCUCUCCAUCUCUGUUUCUCUACUCUGCCACACACUUUCUGUCAUGCUCUUUCACACACACACACCCCUUUUCUGACGACUUGGACAAUAAACCCUUAUUAUUACUGCAUUCACCUUCCUCCAUUUUUACGCUUCCUUCCUCGACUGCAAGACAGUCAGUCACCGGGAAAUAACAGCAAAGCCCUGCAGAUAAGGCCUAGCACCGGGGUCUCAUGGGAACUGUAAAAUGAGUGUUUCAUCGACUGUGAGCCGCAAAAUCAGGUUUGAAGGAAGGAUUUAUCCCGCCCAUAAAUUAUGAGCCCAAUGUUUGGUUUGUUUCUCUCACUGCCGGUGGGGAGAUGUAGCACCGCACUGCCCCCCCUUCUCCUCCUCCCCUCUCUCUGUUCCCCGGGGUGUCUGUGGCAGCUCUUCUCUCCUCCGCACAGUGUGUUGUGCAGUGCCUCCUUGUCUCUGCUGCUGCAGAGCUUUCUCCCAGGAUCUCUGCCUCCUCUCUCUUGCUCUAAGAUUUGACGGUGAUAGGGAAGGCAGUGUGGUCUCUAUCGCUUUCACACGCACACGCAGUGUGUCGGAGAAGGGAUGGGGCAGUUGUUUGUCAGUCUGGAGUCCUGCAGUCUGUGGAAGGGAGGAAAGCGCCCGUUGUAGUCUGUGGAAGGGAGGAAAGCGCCGGUUGUGUGCAGUGAAACCCACAUUGCUCACAGUGGAGUGUUUCUCCCAGUCUGCAGCUAACAACAACAGCAGCCACAUCAGUUUUUCAGAGCAGCACUCCCUCCCUCCCUUCUUCUUCCUUAUCCUCUCUCUUUCUCUCCCUCCCUUUCUGUCGCUCGCACUCCUGCUUUCAACACCGCCGCCACUGUAGCGUUCUGAGGUAGCAAGCAAGUAGCCAAGGCUUUAAUUUUUCUACCACAAUGACAAGCGAUGGACAGACAGCUGGAGAAAGACGGACAGUCCGGGAGAUCUGAGGGGAAAGGCAUUUGAUGGACAUCAGUUGGAUUUAACCCCCCCCCCCCUUCCAUCCCCCUGCCAGCCUCAUCCCUACAAAUCCUCUCCCUCACUCUCGCUCUCUAUUCAGUUCCACUGGCUCUCUUCAUGUAAGAUUACCAUCGGCUACUAGCGCUAAAGCACCGCUGCACAGGGCUGUCAGUGAGGGGAAGCUGAGGCUGACCCAAAACAGGGAAGAAGACUGCAGAGGAAGCCCCUGGACUGGAGCAUAAAAAAACACAGUAAAAAAAGCUGCAGAGGAGGGUUGCUGCCCGGCCUGGCCUGUUUCUCAUUGACAGACACACACAGGAUGUACAGCUCUGGUCUGAAGCUUGCCACACCGUGGAUCAAUACCCUCCUGCCUGCCUUUUUCUUCUGCAUUUUUUCUCACCGUAGAGUGAAGCAUCUUGGGAUUUACCGUUAUUUCGUUUCCACCUAACUACAGCGAGGCUUGCCCCACCGGUCAGCCCUUUCACCUGCCCGUGUCCAACCUGUGUGUGUAUGAGUGUGUUUGUGUGUGUAAUUAGCUAUCUCGGCGCCAGAGGGAGUGUAUAUUUGCUUACAUGUGCAUCCGUSUGAGCUGCUUGGCUUGUAAUUACUUUUAUGUGUCUGUGGGUGCUGUCUUGUGUGUGUGGGUAUAAAUGUAGGAAUUUUGUGUGGAUGAAUUGGUAUGAUGCCCAGUAUUGGUUCUUUGCCCCAUCCCCUCCCUCGUUCCUGUCCUUUUGUCAUUGGGUCCCCGGUUUGACCCCUGAUCUUUGACGGCAUCAGCAGGAUGAGUGAGCCCUCGGGAGCGAGCACUCUGGGGGCCAUGACCCUGGAAGAACCCGGGGGCGAACAGGCCUCCCCUCGGGCCCCGGGGCCUGUUCGCUGUGGGCCCUGUGCGGUGUGGCACCGGCAGCAGACCUGGCUGUGCGCAGUGCCCUUGGUGAUGGGCUUCGUGGGCCUGGGCCUCAGUCUCAUGCUGCUCAAAUGGAUUGUAGUGGGUUCCGUUCAAGACUAUGUGCCCACGGACCUAGUGGAUGCCAAGGGCAUAGGGCAGGACCCCAUCUUUCUCUCCGAACCCAGCGCUCCACCCAAGCGACCAGACACUAUGACCACGACUACGAAGACCACCGCCACCGUGUUUGUCUCCACCACCUCUCUAGAGGCCGAUGGCACGGUCCCAGCCCUGAGAACUCAAUUUGGGUUGCCCUCCAACCACUCGGUCCCGCACCUCCACAACUGGGUUGGCAGUGGCACCCGCGUGACUGGCAGCACCACCCGCACCACACGACUCCCCCCGCCCUGGGGUAAAGAAGUGACCCCACACAGCACCACGGUACUUCGGGUCGGCGGCACAGCCAAUGGUCGUAAGGAUAAGGACCCCCCGAACUCGCGAUCUGGUCCAACCUCCAAAGCUACUAGCACAACCUCUACCGCCAACACCACAACCAAGGCGCUACCACCAACUUUUCCACCAUCUCCCCCAGCCAAGCCCACUGGGCACUGGAAACCUGGACGCUCUGCGAAAGGUCCCGCCACACGCCCUCACCACCGAUACAGAACACUGGCUCCCACAUCCCCUAGUCUGCGUUCGGAUGUCUUCAAGUCAUGUAUCGACGACAAGGACCUGGCCUUCUGCCUCAACGAGGGCGAGUGCUCCAUCAUUGAGACAGUAGCAGGAGUACACAGGCACUGCAGGUGUAAAGAGGGUUACCACGGACUACGCUGUGACCAGUUUGUACCCAAGACGGACUCCAUCUUAUCUGACCCAACAGAUGAACUGGGCAUCAAGUUCAUGGAAAGCCGUGAGACUUACCAGAGAAAGGUGCUGUCCAUCUUCAGCGUUGCCUCAGGGAUCUGUUUUCUCGGAAUGGCAUGCAUGGCUCUCUAUCGCCGCAACAAGACACACAGGGAAAAGCUCCGGGCACACUUCUUGGAGAGCCGGAACCUGAGGGUGUGCAGUAUCAACGCCUCUGGGUUCAUGUCUAAAUCGAGCCCAAGGCCUCAGUGUGGCUGGCAGCUUCAAAAGGUGAGAUAA